AAUAGAUGAUGACGAAUUACCUAUACAACCUAUAUAUAUAUAUACGUAUAUUCCUAGUUUUUAUUUAUUUAUGGGAAAAGGGCCUGAUUUACCCCUCUACUUUGGGAAAAGGUUCAUAUUUACCCCCAUUAUACUAUCAGUCCACUUAUACCGCUAGCGUUACAAUAGUUGAUAUAUUUGCCCCUAAUUUUAACUCCUCUCCACCGUGGCUAAUGGCUUGUCCACUGUGUCCCAUUAAAAUGCCACAUAAGAGGCCAUGUCAGCAAUUUAAUUAAAUGAGUCCUAAAAUUAAAAGACCAAAACGACGCCAUCUUCUUCAAUAUCAACAGCUAGGGUUUUUCCUCUCUUUCUAUUCUUCUCGCCUCUCUUGCACAGUUUAUGUCUUGAAAAAUGUCGGAAAAUAGCUCCUCGUCGCAGUUGAAGUGCCAUUGUGGUUUGAUAGCUAGCCAUUUAACUUCAAAAACUCAUUCAAACCCUGGAAGGAAGUUCUUUAAGUGUCCUAAGACAAAGAUUAAUUCUUGUGGUUAUUGGAAAUGGGAAGAUGAAGUAUUUUCGGAUACUCCAUUGACUGAAGUCAGAGAGUUAGUGGUUGCAUUGGAUGCUAUUAAGGUUGAAAUGGACAAUUUGAGGAAAGAAGUAACUAAAUUGGAGGCUAUAAGCCAGUCUCAAGUGAUAAAAUGUCAACUUUGGAAGACAAAGUAACAAAGAUGUGGAUGAUAAUUAUGAUUUCAUUGGCACUUUUCGUGGGUGUCAUUACAGCUCCAAGGAUGAAGUGAUUGCCCUAACGAGACUAGUAUUUAUGUUAUUGGUGUAACUUGAAAAAUGUUUUGGUGUAACAAUCUAAUUUAGAAUAAAAGAACCUUUCGUGCACCUUGG